AUGAAGAUCACAAACUUCCUUGCUCUGGUGUUUGCCCUCCUGACAGCCACUGCUUGUUACCCUGUUACACAGAGGAAGGUGAAAGCAAAUGCCCAUAAACUCCUCUUGAUCUCCUUCGAUGGAUUCCGGUGGAAUUAUGACCAGGAUGUCGACACUCCAAACAUGGACCACUUGGUCAAAGAAGGGGUGAAAGCGGAAUAUGUAACUCCUCCCUUUGUGACCAUGACUUCACCAUCCCAUUUCACAACCAUCUCAGGCCACUGGAUUGAAGACCAUGGCGUCAUCCACAAUAUGAUGUUCAACACGGAGACUCUGAGAAAGUAUGGCCACAAAGAAACACAGAACAAGACCGAAUGGUGGGACAAUGGAGUUCUGCCGCUGUGGAUCACAGCUCAAAACCAGGGGAAAAAAACAGCUUCAUUUCACUAUCCCGGUGGAGGUGCCAAUUACAGUGGCCAGGGAGUCCAAAGGAGUUUGGUUGAGUCCUUUACUCACCCCGACAGCAAUGAGACAGAGUGGAGGGAAAACAUUGAUAUCGUCAUGAAAUGGUUCACAGAGGAAAAUUUUGAUUUUGUCACACUUUAUUAUGGGGAACCUGACAAGGUGGGGCACAUGGUUGGCCCAGAGACUGAAGACAGGAAAGCGAUCAUCCGACAGAUUGACCGAACCAUCGGUUACCUCCUUGAAGCGAUUGAACAACACGGCUUGAAUGAGCUCCUCAAUGUCAUCAUCACGUCCGAUCAUGGCAUGACCACGGUCAAAAAGAAACCGGAAGUUAAUGAGAUCAUGCUGGGCAACUACAUUAAAUUCAGCGACCUGGUGAAAUUUGACAUUGUAGACUAUGGUGGCUUUGGCAUGAUACUCCCCAAACCGGGUAAAGAAGAGGAAAUCUAUCAGGCAUUGAAAAAUGCCCACCCUCAUCUCAAAGUGUAUAAAAAGGGAGAGUUUCCUGAGCAUUUCCAUUACGCUCAACAUGAACGGGUUUUGCCAAUCCUGGUUUAUGGAGAUUCUGGUUACAGUGUCAAUGGGAGGUUCAUCAUCUACGUCAACAAAGGCGACCAUGGAUUUGACAACGAAGACAUGGAUAUGAAGACCAUCUUCAGAGCUUUUGGUCCAGAUUUCAAGAAGGGCUAUUUAGCAGAACCCUUUGACACCAUCCACAUUUACCCGUUAAUGUGCGAGCUCCUGGGAGUCCAUCCUGAACCCAACAACGGCUCUUUGGCAUUCACUCGCAACAUGCUCCAUUCAGUACCAUCCAGGAACAUCCUUAUCCCCAUCCUUGUAGGAGGCAUCCUGGGAGUUCUGCUUCUUCUGAUACCCAUCUUCAUAGUGUCCUACAGGGCUAUUCAACGUCAGAAGGGGUAAGCUGUUUUUCCUUCUUUGUUCCCUAGUUCUGGAACGGCAUGUUGUG